AUUUUGUUUGCUUGUGCGUUUUCGUGAAAUCUCGUUCAUGUAGGCAGUGUGAGUUGUUCUCUCAACCACCUAUGUUGCUAUCACAACUAGAAGGUUCCAGUAGCAACAUUUUCAACAUUUUUGUAUCCUUGUCAGUUCGCAAGACGGACCAUUAGCAAUGGGCGAAAUCAAGAAUCUGCUUGCAGUAGCCAGGGGGGGGUCUAAUUUUGCCAAAGUUCGUUGAUGUUUGAUUCGUGUGAACAUAAUGUUGGCAUUGUGUUCUUUUUGCAAGACAUGAUUGAAAUUGCAGUGUUUGCCACCAAAGCUGCAGCUGUGAGAAAUCAGUCCGUCCGCAAGUGUCACAGCAGGUCCUGUUCCUGUGAGGUUUGGACAUGCCGGACGAAGGCAGACCAAAAGACUACAUUCCGUUCUUGGAAAAUGGCACAGGUCCACCCCCUGAGUUUGCCCCUAGCCAGGUCAGAAGAUGGAGUACUUGGGCAUCUGUAAGCAUUGUCGCGUGUGGUCUAGUGCUUCUCGGUCUGACGAGACAAGCAGUACGGACCAACGUCAAUGUCAGCAAGGUGGUGGCCCUUUCAGACCAGGGCUAUGAUUGCCUGGGCAAAGCCGAGGUCCUGGAUGACAAGGGCAAGCAAUGGUGUUGUUCGAAGGGACUCAUCCCAUGCGGAGCAGCCUCCAAGCUUGCUGAAGAUAGCCACUCUCUCUUCUCUGAAGACUUGUUUCCUGACUCCAGAGACAGAGACCUAUCCGACAUGCACAAGAGCAGCAAGGAUGCUUCUCAUGUACUCCACCGAUCAGAUGCCGUCACAGCUCAAAGCGGUAGUGGGGCCUUUGUGGGCGACAUUGCUGGUUUCAAUCGAAUGCCUUUUGAUUCUGCCUACAGCCAUGGCCCACUGAUUUCCUCUGAGUCUGCCUUGGGCACCGGUCCUGUGUUGCAUGCUGAUUCUACUUUCAGCACCGGUCCUGUGGUGCAUGCUGCUUCUGCCUUCAGCGCCGGUCCUGCGGUGCAUGCUGCUUCUGCUUUCAGCAACGGUCCUGUGUUGCAUGCUGCCACAUAUAGCGAUGAGUCAGCGUUGAGCAGCAGUCCAUUGAUGGAUGGGGAUUGGCACGAUGUGCAUGAGCAGACCUUGCCUGUCCACCAUAUUUGGACUAAUACCGCCAAUGACUAUGUUCCUGGGGAAUUUGCACAUGCUCUACAUUAUCCUGCGGUUGAGCCAGUGACAUCAAUUCAUUUUGUUGGAGACAAGGACUGUGAAGCAGGCUUAAGUUCCAUGGACCAAUGGUCCCAUGAGAUGAAAGUCCAUUGCUGUGCUGUGAAGCGAAUCGGCUGUGAGCUCAUGAACUUCGAUUGCAAGGUCUCUGAUGGUUGGGAACACAAGUGGAGCUCCAAGCAGAAGUCCUUUUGCUGCGAAACCGUUGGCAAGGGCUGUGCCCAGUCCAAGAAGAACUUCACCUGCCACACCAGCAGUGUGAACCAGCCCCUGAUUUGGACCAAGGAGCGUCGUGAGUGGUGCUGCCUCCAUGCAAAAGUUGGGUGUCCAAGUUACAAGAUGCCGUACAACUGCAAGGCCGAGACGCAGACGAGCUCCGCCAAAUGGUCUGAGAGCAAGAAGACAUGGUGCUGUAAUCAUUUCGCCACAGGCUGCGCAAAGGAGACCUCAAAGACCUAUGAUUGCAAGGCUGGCAUCAAAGGAGCCUCAUUGUGGUCAAGCCUGAAGAAGGCAUGGUGUUGCCAUCAUGAGCAAGUGGGAUGUGAAUCAUCCGGCCAUGCAAUGGUCAAGUACGACUGCUUGGAGGGCUACUCCACUUGGCAGAGGAGCUGGUCACCAAAGAAGAAAGCCUGGUGCUGUGCAAAAGCGAAGAAAGGCUGUGAGGAACAUUUUUCUUGCGAUCGACACCAAGAGCCUUUCUGGUCUCCAGCUGAGCGGGAAUAUUGUUGCCCUGCUGGCCAUUGCAGGUCAGAGUCGUUCGACUGCAAGGCUGGCUAUUCCCAUUGGCAAAUGCUCUGGCCAUCAGACAAGCAGGAGUGGUGCUGCAGCAACUAUGGCCGUGGAUGCCCUCCUAACGAUGCCUAUGACUGUAGCGACAGCUCUAAGGUGCAUGGCUGGUCAGAAUCAAAAAUUAUGUGGUGCUGUCAGCACCGUCGUGUAGCUUGUGGAGCAGAACGUCCGUUUGAUUGCCUGGCAGGAUACAGCAAAUGGCAGCACGGGUGGUCCUCGAAGAAGAAGGAUUGGUGUUGCAAGAAGUUCUCAAUUGGUUGUCCUGAGGCAGUGGAAGCGGAUACCUCACCAGUGGACCUGGACAAAUCAUCGGAAUCAGGUGCAGAUGAUUUUGAUUGCACCGCAGGCUACCAGUCCUGGAAGACUGGAUGGUCGGACACAAAGAAGGGCUUCUGCUGCAAGAAAUACAAGCUUGGAUGUCCUGAUAAAUCCUCUGGCUGGGUUCAGGAAGUUCACAGUCUUCCAACUGCACAUUUGCAGCAUUUGCACCAUGUGCACCACUACCACUUUGGCCACUGGAGCCAGGCUGACUGGUCACACCUUGGCCAUGCCUUUUGGGCAACGCACGGCAGUCACAAGACUCUCACGACUCACAAGACUCACGAGGCCAUCGACUGCGUCACAGACUUCAACCACUGGCAGGAAAGUUGGUCUUCGAAAAGGGCGGCGUACUGCUGCCAGAAGUACCACGUAGCCUGUGGCAAAGGUGACAAGCUAGAUUUGGCUGCCAAGUGACUCUUGCUUACGCUGUUGCGUGACUAUCCAACAACAGUGUAGAGUCUGUGUUCCGCUUAAACAUGAAAUACUUUGUUUUCUCAGAAUGAAGAACUUGGAUAGUCAGCUUUGGCCCAAAAUCGUUGUUCACCGUGCAAGCCGACAUCGGCCUGAUUGAAUCAGUGGUCACGGUGUGCAAAUCAGUGAUCGGCCCCCACGCUUACCUCCGUUGAAUGAUGCA